UUCUCUCAGACUUCCUCUUCAUCUCUCAAGUAAGCUUCUUUCUUUGAUCUUCUUCGUUUCGUUUCUAAUUGUAGGAGAAAUGGCUGAAUCCAAGGUAGUGGUUCCAGAGUCUGUCUUGAAGAAGAUCAAGAGGCAAGAGGAAUGGGCACUGGCCAAGAAAGAGGAAACUGUUGCUGCCAAGAAGAAGAGUGUUGAGACCCGCAAGCUUAUCUUCAAGAGAGCUGAGCAGUAUGCCAAAGAGUACGCUGAGAAGGAUAAUGAGUUGAUCCGAUUGAAGAGGGAGGCUAAGUUGAAAGGAGGGUUCUAUGUCGACCCAGAGGCUAAGUUGCUCUUUAUCAUUCGUAUCCGUGGUAUCAAUGCCAUUGACCCAAAAACCAAGAAAAUUCUGCAGCUCCUGCGUUUGAGACAGAUCUUCAAUGGUGUGUUCCUUAAGGUGAACAAGGCAACAGUAAACAUGUUGCGCCGAGUUGAACCUUACGUGACUUACGGAUACCCAAACUUGAAGAGUGUUAAGGAACUGAUAUACAAAAGGGGAUAUGGAAAGCUGAACCACCAGAGGAUAGCACUUACCGACAACUCGAUAGUGGACCAAGCUCUUGGAAAGCAUGGUAUCAUCUGUGUGGAGGAUCUGAUCCAUGAGAUCAUGACUGUUGGACCUCACUUCAAGGAAGCCAACAACUUCCUCUGGCCAUUCCAAUUGAAGGCACCACUCGGUGGCCUCAAGAAGAAGAGAAACCACUACGUCGAAGGUGGUGAUGCUGGAAACCGUGAGAAUUUCAUCAACGAGCUUGUCAGGAGAAUGAACUAAUGAAAGCUUCUUUAUCUUUUUUUUACCUAUUCCAUAGAUUUUGGGAUCUGAGUUUUUGUUUUGUUUCAGUUAUCAGAGACUAGUGAUAUUUUAUCGGAGAUAGUAUUCAUUUUCGUUUGCUUUAUGUGGGCUUUGUGUUCUUUAUCGGAGAUAGGACCUAGUAUUCAUUUCCGUCAGCUAUCAGAGACUAGUGAUACUUUGUGUUCUUCUCAGCAAAUUGAAUUUUUGGCUUCAA